AUGUCUCAAUCUAUUAAUUCCUCAUCUCAAUCUCAUGUUAUUGAUAUUUCGAAUCCAUUCUAUCUUGGUUCUUCCGAUAAUCCAAGUAAUGCUCUUGUUUCUAAUGUUUUCAAUGGUGUUGGAUUUUCUGCCUGGAAAUGUUCCAUGACGAUUGCCUUAUCUGCCAAAAACAAAAUUACAUUUGUUGAUGGCACGACAUUGAAGCCUCCUGAUAAUUCUCCAUUAUUCGUAAAUUGGUCGAGAGUAAACUCCAUGGUUAUCAGUUGGAUACUCAAUUCAUUACAUCAUAAUAUUGCUGAUAGUCUUAUUUUUCUCCCAACUGCUUAUGACAUCAGGAAAGAACUUAAUCACCGAUAUGAACAAGCAGAUGGCGCUCAAAUCUAUCAAAUUCAACAACAACUUUACUCUUUGUCUCAAGUAUCCGACGAUUUUUCAACUAACUUCACCAAAUUGAGUAAAAUCUGGGAUGAACUUCGUCUUGUUCAAAACAUUGCUGCAUGUACACGCGCUACUGCUACAGGUAUUGCUAAAUACCUUGAUGAACAACGAUUGAUUCAAUUACUCAUGGGAUUGAAUGAUACUUAUAAAGUUCUUCGUGGUCAAAUUCUAAUGAUGAAACCUCUGCCAAAUAUUUCAACUGCUUAUUCUAUGAUUGUUUAA